UAUUCUAGUAAACGUUUAUUAAAUAUGUAAAAUAAAGUUAGAAGCCGGUAGUUAAAAGGUGUUUCUUAGCAAUUCUUGUGAUAUUUAUGAUGGAUGCUGAGUUUACGGGCUGUAGUUUACGGAUUUCUGUACAGUGGUGGGGAAAAAGUGGAUCGGUCACAUGGCGUCUGAUCUAAGCAAUUGUAGUAAGAGCAAAAACAAUUUCAAGCUUUAUGAGAAAACGUAGUUGAUAUGCAUUCGUGUAUUCAGUGAAAUAACCAUGUUAUACUUAUUUUCUGAAAAUAGGCUAAUAUCUCACUGGCAGUAAGAGGGUAAAUUUCAAUCGAAAUAAAGGAAUUCCCGUGGCGUGUUAAACAAACAUAUUACUUUUGGUCAGCACAAAAAUGUCAAAAUAUAUUUAGCGUUAUUAUUCAAUUUCUGGAGAGUGGGUUGCUUCAGAUUCAAUUAGGGCGGGCACUAUGUUCAGGUUUAUCAUAAACACUUUAAAUGAAUGUUGGUUUUUAUGUAGCAAUAGUAAAAGGAACUUAAUUGUGGCAAUGCGGCAAUAGUCGGUACUUACUGCAGUUAAGAGGUGGUCUUAUGGCGCAUUUAUUUAUAAUUACCAAGACAGUUUGUUGAGUCACGUUUUAGUUCAUAUGCAAUAAAUCUCUAAAAGGUUUGUUAAUUAUUAUAGUGGGUUAGCUAUAAGCCAAAUAUGGCUUUUUUUCGGUAUUUACUAAUUAUCUUUAUUGUUUAUUUUAUUGCACACAUGGAAACGCGAAACCGGAAAAGGCGCCGUCCGUCGGUCAAACUACACCAGCAUCCCAGCCAAAACCUACCUGGCACCAGCCAACAACCCCGUCAGCUGCCUUCCACCCAAAUGCCCGAUCAGCUGCCUCCCAACCAACAGCCUGUCCAGCUGCCUCCCAACCAACAGCCUGUCCAGCUGCCUCUCACCCCCAGCCAUCGACUCGGCCAAUGGUCUUCAAACCAACAGUCCGGCCAUCAACCCGACCAGCUGCCUCUCAGUCAACAACUGGGCGACCAGAUGCAGCCUGCAGCAAGCCAGCCAGAUCCGGCUGUUCAAUCGGGGUAUGUCAUCUCAAGCCUCGAAACACCAGUUCCUUGGGAGGAGGGUCUGUCAGGGGGGCUGUCACCCAGACCUCGUACAGGCCUAGAGCUUACACGUUCCGACCUAGAGGCCCAAUUCAGGGGCUCCGGGGCCCGUUUAGCAGAUACUAAUACCUCAGUUUGGUCUCUUGGCAAGUCGCCAAUCAAUGUUGUUACGAUUUCUAAAUAUCUUCAGUUAUAUCCAAAUAAAGAAGUAGCUUCUGUGCUCAGUAAUGGCUUCAAGCAAGGUUUUAAGCUGGGUUAUAAGGGUUCACAUCUAGGUUCUUCAGCGAAUAAUUUGGUUUCAACAAAAGUGCAUUUUUCAGAAGUCCAAAAGAAACUUGACAAAGAGAUUUCCUUAGGUAGAAUUUCAGGUCCUUUCAUAGUCCCACCAAUUUCCAAUUUAAAAGUAAGUCCAUUAGGCAUUUUAGAGAAGCCAGACGGGGGUUGGCGGUUAAUUACACACCUGUCGUAUCCCAAUGGGUCAAGUGUCAAUGAUGGUUUUAGUGUGGAAGACAUUUCUGUUAAAUAUACAUCAUUUGACAAAGUGGCUGACAUGUUAUUUAGUUUAGGUACGUCAGCAAUGAUGGCAAAAAGAGAUAUUAAAUCGGCUUUUCGUUUAAUGCCUAUUUACCCAGGGGACUUUCAUUUGAUGGGGCUUCAGUUCAACAACCAGUAUUAUGUUGACAAAUGCUUACCAAUGGGUUUAUCUAUUGCUCCGGCUUUAUUCGAAUCAUUCUCUCCACUUUUAUACAUUGGCUAG